GAACAAAAUUAGCAUCAAACGAAAAGUAAACAUUGUUAGAUUACAAUAAAUAAUAGUGAGAGAAAUGGAAGAGUGGUAGGAGUAGAAGUAAAAAAGAAAAAGAAAAAAAAAACAAAAAGAAAUGAUAAGAUGGAGGUGAGAUCCGGUAACAAAGAAAAGAAACGUAGAAAACAGGAAGAAAAAGAAACUGGGAAAGUAGAGGAUUGGGGCCAGGUGGUAAUGGGGUUGGGAGUUGCGUAGGGUAAGGAGGAGGAAGGGGAGAAGGAGGAGGAUCGCGCAGCAUCGGCCCGGACGCUGCGCCAGGCAUUUAAUGGGCGCAGCUGGGCGCAGCCUCUUUCGUAGGAAGCUUCUCUUUACGAGCUCCACGACGAUUUCUUCCCGGUUCACCUUUGCUUCUUAAGUGAUUAGUAGUCGUAUGAAUUCUCCAAACGAUCUACGAUAUUCUAGUGACGUAUUGAUAAUAAACAAAUUCCUUACGUUCAUUCGUAAAAGUUUUAUUGUCGAACGUUCAACUACCUUUUACGAAAGUGCGUCCCCACUCUCGUGUAUUCACCGUCUUGUAUCCAUCCAUCGAUUCAUCUGUUCAUUGACGCGAACUUGCUAAAUGCACUUUCGUCUUUCUCGUUUGACCAUAAAUCACGGAAGAGUAUACGAUGUUCCUUAAACAAUAUUGUUUAUUAAGAGGUGAAAGGUGUUCAUGAACGUUAGUUUUCAUUAUUUUCCUCAAGGAUAGUUCAACAAUCGUUUUUUUUUACAACAAGACGCGACUAUCUUAGAUACAAUACCCUAAUAUAAAAUGAUCAUGUAUACAGUCGCGGAAGAACACAUAAGUGAUAAUGAGAUUGCACAGGUAAUAGCAUUUAUAUGCGGGGUCAUAGUAAUACUUUUAAUGAUAAUGGGACUUGCUUCGACGGAUUGGUUAAUGGCCUUAGGAUGGAGGCAAGGACUUUUUGUACAUUGCAUCGAAGAAGGUGCACCAACUCCACUGCCAUUUAAUAUGCCAGAUCCACAAGGAUGUUAUCAAGCUAGAGAUGUUGCAUAUAUAAAAGCUGCUGCUACCUUGUGUGUGAUAUGCCUCUUAUCAGAUAUUAUGGCAACAGUUUUAACGGGUCUUGGAUUAAGAUCACAAGAUCAUAGAGAAAAACACAAAUUUUAUAGAUUUGCUGUUUUAUGUAUGGGUAUUGCACUCGUAUGUCUCUUAACUGCAUUGGUAAUUUAUCCUGUGUGCUUUGCCACAGAACUUAAUCUUGGAAAUAGAACAAUGUGGGAAUUUGGAUGGGCGUAUGGUGUUGGAUGGGGUGCAGCUAUAUUUUUGUUUGGUGGAGCAGUAUUACUUUUAUGCGACAAAGAAAGUGAAGAAAUUUAUUAUAAGGAAAGAAAAAUAGUUCGCAAUGAGAUGGGAGGAGGUAGUUCAAUGACUGGCAUGGGACAUCAUGGUGGACGAAGUGGUACGCAACUAGCCUAGUGGCAUUGCACCCUGCCCGAUGUUGUACUCUAGGUGAUUCUUUUCUUUUUUGUUCUCACAGUUUGAUACCCAUGCGAAGAGUUGUAUACGUGUAUAUGAAAAUGAACAGUUUUUAUACAUGUUACCUGCAUGUUAGAUCAGAAUAUAUUGGAGUUACAGACGGUUUGGUGUAAAAUAUAUGGAACAUGUCGUGCAAACAUUGCUGAAAUUACAAAAGUAUCUAUCAGUUGACUGAACAUAGUUCUUUUAGUAAAUAGUUACCAUUUGGAAUUAUCAUGGGAAUUAUAGUAAUUAAUACAAUUUUGGGACCAUUGUUAUUUUAAGUUUUUCCCUACAGUAUUAUAUAUCCUUUAUAUAUUCUAAAUUUAUAAUUGUUUUAGAAAAUUAUUUGUUUUACACAAUUUACUUUGCCAAGUUAAUUCCGGAUGUAUAAAAGUAAAUUUACUUUUUGAUAAUUACAAUAAUUAUCUUAUGAAAUGUUCCAAUGAAUAUUACAUUUAGUAAAAUUAUUAAUAUUGUUUUAUAUUAUUUAUGUAAGUAUAUACAUAUUAAUUUCACAAUUAACAUAAGUUAUUUCGAUAUAAUUUAUAGUAAAGCACAAACAUAAUAGAUGAAAUAUUGAAAAAUACUGCUAAUCAAUUCUAAAAUUACUUUGAGUAAAUAAGCUAGUGUUCUUUUUUUAUUUUAGUUGUUAUGUAUCUUAUUCUUUACAAGUAAAAUAUUUACAUUAUGUUACCAUUUUUAAGAAAGAAUUUUGAUAAGUAGAAAAUAUAUUAAUAAGUAUCAUUAAUUUAUGUAUUUUAUUUAUUGUUACUUAUCAAUAGUGCAGCUUUUUUUUUACACAUAUAAGUUAUACUAAUGAGGUAUCUUCCAAGCCUAAGAUAUUUGUGGGUCUUCUUUUAUAUAUAAUUGAAUAAUGUGGCUAAAAUUAUAAUAUACGAAUUUAUAAAUUUUAACUUUUCUAUUAUUUGAUUACUAUUUACAAAAUUAUAAUUAAGUAUUUGCUUUUGACAUUUAUUGUCACGAGCUGAUCUUCUUACAAGUAAAAAUGAUUUAUAUUUGUACCAUAAAUUAUAUGUUUAUAUUAACAUUUUUAUAAAUUUAGUAGAUUGAUAUAUACUCAUACAAGAAUAUAGCUUAUUAUAUUUUAAGAUUUUGUUUAAUAAUAUUUUUCGUAAUAUAAGCGAUUUAUAUUUCUGUAAUUAGUAGAAUAUGUCCAAAGUACAGUCAACUGAAACAGGAGUAAGAGCAAGUAUCAAACAAAUUUUGAUAAACUCGUAUAAAAUGUUCAUUUCUGUAAAUAUAAAUACAUUAAUAAUAUCAAAACUCUACAAUCGCGGUAAAACAAAAUUUAUAUAAAUUAUAAUUCCAAAGUAUGAAAUGAUAAAAACACAAUUUCUGAUAAUGUUUUACAUCGAUUAAUGGGUUGUAAUAAGUGAAAAUCCCUUUUUUCAUUUUUAUGUAAUCCAAGACAAAAUCUUUUAUUAUGAAAAAGGAAUAUCUCUUUAA